CGCUGUUUACGCUGAACAUGGGGAUCAAUGUUUUUGAGUUUUUCCCCUUGAAUCCCCCCCCCCAAAUUUAUGUGAUUAUUGAAGACAAAGGAGUUAUUGAAAAUGGCUAUCUAUGUGUUGGACACCUCGUCGCAAAAGUAAUUUUAAGAAAGCAAAAUGUAAAAUUGUCCAGUUUCCGGACACUUCACAAUGAAUAUUGAAUGGCUGCUGCUACGGUAUUCGGUUACUCCUAGAAAUAUGAUGCUCCGCGUGAGCGGAGCGGCAUAGACACAGAACCCCACAAAAUGGUUAAUUGCAGCACAAUCCCUCAUGACAUAUCGUCAGUCCACCAAAAACGACCAGGAAAUGUUUUGACGCACUCGCAUUUAAUUUGCGUUGGACAACACGCGCUAUCUGCCUCAAUUAUGGUGAGUCGAGCCACAUCAUCCCCGGGGCUAUGAGCAGACUGACGGGCAGCAGCCGCAGAUCGAGUACCAGUAUGCCUGCAUCAAUGAUCCGAGCCAGAGCACUGCCAAUGGGGAAGCUGUCCUUAUUGAGAUACCAGACGAAGGAAGCAAAGGGGAUUUGGAGGACGAGACUUGCUACACAGAGCACAACUUGUCGCUGCUGCUGCAGGAGGAGCGUCUGGAGAAGACUCUUGAGGAGGAGCGGACCACGUGGGCCCAGGCAGAGCACAGGAUGAAAGGCAAUAUAGAAAGGCUUUGUACAAAGGUUGAGUAUUUGUCCAACACAAACAUGUCACUCAAGCAGCAGCUGUCCAUGAUUCACACGUCCAGUUUGAAACGUCUAACCAACGACAGUGAGAACCAGUCCAUUUUGCAAGAGUUACUGCAACACAUGUCCGAGGAGCACACCCAGCUGCUGCACCACCAUCUAGCACAGCUACGGCUGUACGCUCAGGCCUGCGCAUUAUCCAAACCAGCCCCCGAGGAAUCUGCAGCUGAAUCUACAGUCUUGGUACCAGACCUGGCUGACCAAUCACAGGACAUCUCACACAUGGCCAUGAUGUCGUCCUCAGAGGACACCUUUGGGAACAUAGAGCAGACAGUCGUCAUGACGAUAACGUCUGAGGAGGAUUCGGAGCCGCUCGGCAACACCGUGGAUAACCCCGGAGAUACUGUGGGACAUGACUCCUUGACUUUGGAUAAGGACGUUCACUUGUCACCAAAUGACAUUCUGUACCUACUGACAAGCGAGGGACUGUCACCAAGACAUGACACCUCUGAGUCGGGUCACGUUUAUCAAUCAGGUAGAACUCAUCCACAUCACAACACAGGCUGUGAUGUCACGCAACAGGAUUUUCACAACAACAAAAGUUGAAAAUUGAUUCUUUCCAACAGCAUGCCAAAAAUAUUCUGCCCCGAUGGCUUUGACAAAAGAACGUAUGAAGACAAAUGUCAAAUGAGGGGCCACUAUUAAAACGUGGGAGAACUAACAUCCUGAAAGCCACUUAACUAAAUAAAACCGGACAUAUUUUGUAAACAGUGUA